UUCCAACGUCUAGCUUGCGACUUCUUCAUAUCCAAAGCGUCCCACGCCCAACUCAUCCCCAGCAGCCAAAGCACGACAGCAGCCAGGAACAAAUCCUGCUCUAGCGACACAUCAGCGUGCCCGGGCCGUCUGUCUGCCUCUGGUUCAUCCUCGCCCUAUGCAACAUUGAUCCGAUGUCGCGCUAGUCGUCCGCCACGCGCCUGCCUCUCCUCCACCUCCACCUCCACCACCAGCAGGCCAUCAUCGCCCAGCCGCAGUUUCAGCAUAACAAGCAACCUCACACCGUUUCACCAGCUCGUUUAUUUGCGCGCGCAUGCGCUGAUCCCGCGGCCGCCGCAGCCUCAAGCUUGCGCCCUCGGCGCUUGCUCACAACACUCCCCACACCUACAAACAAGGCCGUCGCGGCCAACAACAGUCAUCAUGCCUGCCGAAACGCCACGGCCGUCUCUCAAACUCGACACGACGGGCAAGAUGCCGCCCCCGCAGUCUGCGUCCGAGACCCCUCGGCCCAUCUUGAAGCUCAAUUCUGCUUCGCGGCAAGCCUCGUUCAGCGGCGAGACACCAACGCCCUCCGGCGAGAAGAAGACCAUCAAGAUCAAAAUCAACGCGAGCCAGCCAGCCACUCCUGCGGCCACGCCAGGUCCUCAGAUCCCCACAAAGACGAAAGCCGGCCGCGCGCCGAAGCCGACAGCAAAGCUCAUAGAGGCCAAGAAGCGUUCCUACGACGAUAGCGACGACGAGGAUCGCCCCAUGGCCGCCUCCAGGCUAGAUACCUCACGGCCGAGCAAGAUGAUCAAGAUCAAAAACUCGUCAGCCCGCACGCCAGCGACACCGCACGCCAGCACCCCCAUAAGCAGUAUCAAGUUCAAGCCCAGAGGGGAGCCGGUCGACCACACACCUGGCGACGCCUACGAUUCAGAAGCAAGCGACAAGGAGACGGAUCCUGUCCGCGAGCAAACCUUCAUCAUGCGCGUCAUGCCCGGCCUGCCGGCAGAGUACCUGAGAAAGGCCUUGGCGGACGGGACGAUAGGGAUUGCCAAGGCACAGGGUGGUGCCGACUUUGGAAUCCAGUUUGUCGAUGCCAAGGAGAGAAGGGCGCUCGUGACAAUCGACGGGCAUCAUUAUGCGGCCGUCCUCGUCGACCUGCCAACCAUUACAGAGGCCAUGAAGACGUGGGAUCGCAAGAACAUGAUGAAGAACUCAGACAUAUCGCAAAUGCUCUUGUGCUUCGCCGAGGUGCGCAACGAGCAGGAAGCGCGGGUCAUACCACUGCCACUCAUGGCUGGCAAGGUUGAGCCCAAGUGGCCGCACGGCAUCACGCCUCCCAUGCACGAUGCUCAAAAUCGAAGGUUCAGGAAGGCCAUCAGUGAGAAACAAUGGCAGAGCACGGCAACCCAGGUGAAAAGAUUAAUAGAGGACGACGAGGCGGCUGAGGAAACGCACAUCGAAUGGAUCGACGACAAUGACGACGCCGAGUAUGACGACGAAGAUGACGCCGAGGGCGAAGAGGCCGAGGAGGCUGACGGCUACUUCCCUCCUCAGGAUGUUGCACAAGUUGACGACAUGGAGAUUGAUGCUCCAGGCGAGGAGGACGACGACGAAGAUGACGCCGAUCUGCUCGCCGAAAUGGAGGCCGCCAUGGCAGAGGAAGACGCCGCGAUGAGCGAAGUCGCCGAAGGGGCCACACCCGCCGCUGCCCUAGAAGCACCAACACCCAUGACCAUCAACACACCUGCAGCUGGCCUGGACGAGCCUGUAUCCGAAGAGGACGAGGACGAAGAGGACGUUUCGGACGAGGACGAGGAAGACGAUGACGAUGAGGAAGACGAGGAGAAGGUGUCGCGCGACAGAGAGCGCCGUGAGAAGAUGGUCGAUCUCAAGAACUACGAAGAGCAACUGAAGAAGGCCGAGUCCGAAUUGUUGGCACAGACCAACCCGAUUCUCAAGGGCCGCCUCAAGACGAGAAUCGCCAACCUUAAGAAGGAGAUCCAGGUCAAGAAGGCAGCUCUAAACAUCCAGGAGGAGGAGGAAUAGAAUUCUCUCCAGACUGAGGCAGAGCUGUACUGGACCCAAGAUCAGCUCGAAAACACGGACAAAGACGACCGUCGGGAGCGAUACAGGCUCGAACAAAUAAUCGUCCAGCUCAAGAGCCAGUUGCAGGCAGAAGCUCCAACGCCAAGCGGCAUGCAAAGCCAUGACAGCUCGACACUGCAAGGCUCGCCAUCUCCAGAAGGGCACAGUACGAGAGGCAACGGAACGAUCCUCUGAGUGGACGACACACAAGCGCCGUAAUUGUGCCUGGAAGGGGCCGUGGUAAAAAGUUAAAAACACUUGCUGUCAGACCAAUAUGUACGCUACAGCAGCGCGAUGAGUAUAUAUCACACCAAAGGGAUGGUGAAAAAGCAGUCUCUGAGGCAAUAGAAAUAAUGAUACCCCUUACCAGAGAGCAUAUCAUCUGCAGUUCGUGCGAAGCUUGGGUUUUGUUCAUAAUGUGACAUAUAGUACAGGGUUCAGAGGUGAACCCGCUG